AUGCCUCCACACCCGAGCGGAAGGGUCUACGCGGAGAACGGCUUAGGCGGAACGUUCGCGAAACUGAUCCCGCGCAAAUCAACUUUUGCACGGGCAUGGACGACCGAAAACCGCCAACGCAGCACUCCUCCUCACGCUAUUAUGGGCGGCUUAUUCAGCAGACCAUUCAGCACCGGAAAAACCGCGACUCAUCCCCGUCCAGUGGUGCUAAUAACGGGAUGCUCCCAGGGUAGCACCGGCUAUGCACUCGCGGAGGAGAUGGCGCGCAGAGGCGCGCGGGUGUACGCGAGCGCGGUGAAGGCGGCGGAAAUGGAGGGGCUAAAUGCCAACGACGGGAUUCGAACCCUUGAGCUUGACGUCACAAGUGAAGAAUCCAUUCAGGCAGCGGUGACCCACGUGGUGGCAGAGGAGGGGCGGGUAGACGUGCUGGUGAACAACGCGGGCAUCGGCAUGCCGUGCCCCGUGGCCGAUGUGCGUCUGCACCAGCUCCGCCAGGUGUUGGACGUCAAUCUCUAUGGCGCUGUCGCCAUGGCUCGAGCGGUCUUCCCGGUCAUGGCGCAGCAGCAGACUCGCUCACGCAUUUUGAACAUGGCCAGUGUCGCGGCAUAUGUCAACAGGCCAUGGAGCUGUGCCUACUCUGCCAGCAAGGCGGCUCUUGCAGCGGCCACCAGCUGCAUGCGCAUGGAGAUGCGGCCCUUCGGCAUCGACGUGGUGCUUGUCACACCGGGUUACAUCAAGUCUCGAAUCUUCUGCAACGCUCUUGCCAGCGCUCCCGUCCUUCCCAGUUCAAGCCUUUACAAGUCCUACGAGGCAUGUUACAGAGAGCAGUUUGCUGCUAGUGCAUAUAAUCCUUGGGCCACUAACACUGAUGAUUUUGCUGCACGACUCGCUGACGUGGCACUGGCAAAAGGCAGUCCUCCGUGGCGGGUUCUGUAUGGCCACCAGGCACUCUUGGCUGUACUCAUGUCCUACGUUCCCGCAACUUUGCUUGAUUCAUUGGUGUGGCUUGCGUUUGCGAAACGAAAGUAG